UGUGAGGGCAGCUGCAGUACAAGGGGAGCGCUCGGGGGCUGCAGACCUCUCCGCACCCUGCGAGUCGAUCAAUGUGCUUUUCCUCCUAUCACUCGUUUGCAAAUACUCCGGCACACGAGAUAUACAUUCUUUUGCUAAAUCCGGUUUCUGUCACAAUUUAAGGACACUGCACGCAGGACUAGAGCGGAGGUUUUCUUAGAUUGCUCGUCUUAAACGAGCAAUGGAAGAAAUAUUGUCAGAGGGGAAAAAUUUCAGAUUACUUGAAGACUCCGAACUGCCAGACAUAAUUGAAUUUAUUGGACAAUUUUUGCCUCACUCAAUUAAGUUCCACCAAACACUGAAAACCUAUUUGAACGACCGUGUUUGGGACUUUCAUUUCUACGUGACGAAAACGUGGCCUGAUCAACCCGUGAUCCUCCACUUUCCUGGCAUGACAAGCACGCCUAACGGGAAAAUUUACGAAAGCUUCAGUGUUUUUUGUCCUUGCGACCAACUGGAGCAUUUGGAACUUUUAGCAGAAGAAGAUGUUUUAAUCGAUUGGACACAACCAAUCUAUCUCAACUUUACACACGCUAACAUUAUGAAUAAAAUCGAAGAAUUUUACAGUCAGAUAGGAACGAUAGAAAAACAAUAUGGGGACAUUUAUGUGCUCAGCGAACCCACCAAGGAGGAAGACAGUACAAAUGUGGUAUUCGCAGAGGAUGCGGAGAUGCUGCAGUUGACUCCCGAGUAUGCUCAAACCAUCCACGACCUAUACCCAGCCAAUCACAUGGAAUGCGUGGAAAUUUUCGAAAAACUAAUCGAAAAGCUGCCUUGUUACGGAGUUUUCUCAGCUUCGGGUGACCUAGCAGCCUGGAUGGUCCAAUCUUAUUACGGUGCAAUGUUUUCGAUGCAAACGCGACCUGAAUACAGGAGAAAAGGCUACGGCCUGAUCCUUGCCAAGUACCUGACCAAAGUGGUGACAGAAAGGGGUUAUCUGCCUUUCGUCGUCAUCCGUCCUGAAAACGACGCAUCCAAAGCUCUGUACGCAAAACUAGGGUUCAAAAAACACUUCGAAACUGUCAGGGCUAUCCUGCGCCCCCAUGAUAGGGCCAACGACGAGCAGGGGGGAGGGACGGAGGGGCAGUAAACACUUCUUUUUUCUAUAGCAGGCUGCGGACGCACAGCUUACAACCGAUUAGCUUUUUUAUUGAGAAUUUUUCUACCGCUUCCAAAAUUACAUACAGACUGCAAAAAUUUAUUCCAAAACUUCGGUGGGCUACAAAAGUACAAACUGCACUUUAAAUCUUCUGCACAGGAAAGGAAAGGAGAAUACAAAUUACUAUCUACAUAUCUCUGACAGUUAUUUGCUCAGCGCUAAAUAGAAAAUAACACCAACGCUAAAUUAUGCAUGAGCAACGAAUAUUUGCUGCAAAUUUUUAUUUUCUUCCUGUUUUGUGCAGAGAAAUUAAAGACAAAUGCACGUUCACACAAGUAUACUUCACUCGAACUCUUCAAGCAACGAUAAUUUACAUUAGGAUUGUGCGCUACAAUUUUUGAAGCCCAUCAACUUCACUCAAGGCUUUGUUUGACAAAAUAUCUCUAAUAUAACUGAUUAUUACUAAAUGAGGAAAUUCUAUAACUAACGUAAUAUUACUGCUUAAAGUUGACAAUUUGAUUGGUUUAAAAAUUGUUUCGGUCACAAUGUAUGACACCUGUUUGUUUUUGUGUCGUUCAGUGUUUUAUUGUACAGAGUGUUCCGUCCAAACCUCACAUUAGAAGUAUUAGUAGUUCUAAUAAAGAUAGUCUUCUGAAAAUUUGUGUACAACCAUAUUUUCUUAGGUCCUGCUUAAUGAAAAUAUUUUUAAGAUUUUUAAUGCGUUUUUGGAUUUGAGUUAUUUUAAAGGCGUUUUUGUCAGCUUUCUUUACACCUAAUGUGCGUUUAGGGGGUUAAGACGGAACAGGCUGUAUAUUGGACGAGUUCGGAUUCAUUGGUCAAGUUCGAGAAAAGUGUGGGAAUUCGAUUCGACCUUUUAAACAUCCUUCCUCAAAAGGCUGUGCUAUUCAUACAUUAGACAAGAAAAAGUCAAGUAAACCUUGUCUCAAUUUUUUCCUCGGCACCUUUCCUCACAUUGUAGUAACGAACACAAAAACAACAUGGUUAGAACACAGGCAAGGAAAAAGUGUAACGAUGAGCUACACGUGCGUUUCUUCUACAAUGCUCAAAUGACGCGACCGCAGCAUCAAUUCGGACUUUUCGGGCAAUGUGCGUAGUGUCUACUUAUGAAUUAACUUUUAAUACUGUGAUUAAAGACUAUCAAAGACUGAAAAGGGAAACAUUGUGUAGUAAGGACUAGUUAGAAUAGAGCAGAUGUUUUAUAUUUUGGCGCGGUUGCGGUCGUGUCAGUUCCAACGCACUUGUAGCCGCCAGAAAUCGUUUAGUGCUUUAAAUCCACCAUAUCCAAUUUUUCUAGGAUGGUGCAAAAACUUAGAAUGAAAUCUUAGGGCGAUUGUAAGCUGGCUGUUUAACUUCCUGUUGGCAGUUUCAAUUUUGUGAAACUUUCAAGAUGUAGUGCAGGCCGGCCAUUGUGAUAUUUAAUUGUAGUUAUAAUACAGCAGAAAUGAGCUUUGAUUAUACGCACUAGAGUAUAGUCAAAGAGAUGUAUUAGUUUUUGAAAACUGAAGCGUUGCCUAUAUCUUUUUAAAUUAUUGCGGCAAAGUGCGCUUGUUGCCCAGUUAAAAAACAUUCCCUUUAUAAAAUAAACAAAUUGGCGUUUACGGUUUUUAAGAUAACAACCAUUCCAUUCCUUUAUUUAAAUUGUGUGUAAUACUUAGGCCUAUAGGAGAUAGAGAGACACAUGAUUAGAUUGACCAAGGCGAGUUCCCUAAAUGCAAACGAGGCAAUAAUUAUCUAGGGUUUGCAUUUGGGGCAACCAGCCCUCGAAUAUAUUUUAUUUCAUCAAAAAUAAAUAAAUAAAAAAAACACCC